AGUUGUAGGUACUAAUAAAUUGUAUUAUACACAUACCAGUAUUUCAUUAGUAACCAUACCUAAACUAAACGACCUUGACUAGGUUUAGUAACAUUUAGUUUUGUUUGAAAACAAGGCAGUCAGUAAAAUAUUAUUAUAAUAAGUAUUUUUUGUAGUUUAUAAAAGUAAAAUGUAUAAGACAAGUGUGCUAUGGUUAUGUACUUCACUGUGGUCAGUUGGACUAGCAGUCACUCCAUUACCAUCACGGUCACCAGAAAAAAAUACUUAUGUUGAUUGUACAGGACCCAUUGCAUUUUCAUCAACUGGGAGUACAUCAGUCUAUUCUACAGGUCUGAUAGCAUAUAAACAGACUAUUGUUAAUCUAGCUGUAACGUGGGAUCGUGAGGUUGGUGUCUUCACGUGCACUUGUUCCGGCCUUUACCAAUUCUCUUUCUCUGGUUCCACCGAAGAAAACACAAGGAUGGUGUUGAAGAAAAGAUUAAACAACAGUAAACAGUGGACACCAAUUAUAGCAACAAAACCAGGUGGUGGAUCAGCUACAAUACUUUUAGAAGUAGAAAAUGGAGAUCAAGUAGCUGUAUAUUUGGAUGGAAAUUCAAAAAAAUUCAAUGCUAGACAUGAACAAGGCAUAGAAGUUACAUCGUUCAGUGGUUACAGAAUAGCAAAAUCUUAGUAAAAAUAAAGUAUUUUUUUACUUACAUACAACACAAUACAAGAUUUGUAUUAUCAUUAAUAUAAUAUUAUAUAAAAUUAAAAAAUUAGCUUUAACCUUGAAAAAUACUAUGUAGACAGACAUUUAUAAGGAACAUCUAGUUGAUGCUCUAAAAUAUUAUUUAUACUUAUAAGAAACAAUAACUUUUUUAAUAUGCUGUAUGUGUUA